AUGCUUUGCCUCUUCCUUCUCUUCGCAUUCUUUUUCCAAAUUUCAAAUGCCCACGGAUCAAUCGAAUUUAUUGUGACCGCCCAACAAAAUGUCUCUUUUCUGACCGAAAUUUGCUCUGAAGUUCGUUGCAAUAACAUUGACAAGAAUAGCCGAAAACAAGAGCUCAUCGCAAAUUUUCCAUACAGAUCGUAUGGAGGAAAAUUUAAAAAUUAUCCAACGGUAAGAUCUUUUGUUUUUUUUUUGAAAAAAAAAGCUAUGAAAAUGUAAUUUUUCAGCACAACUACGAUUUCCACAUGAUAAUUUUCAAUGCAAAUGGAGGUAAGAUUAGAUUUUGAAUUAAACCAACAACCAACCAGCGUAACAAAAAAAAAGAUUGUAAAUAUUAUUAUCAACAUGACCUGCCGUAAUAUCGGCAAAUGUCAAAUAACCAUUUUAUUACCCAAAACAAGGCACCUGUCUAUUGUCAUUUUCUUCUAGAUUUGAUCGGAAGAGCCUUCAACAAACAAGAACCUGAUGCAAAUUGGAGAACAAAUACAAUUGAAACAUCGGACGGAUUCAAUGUCAGUUACACAUUCCGAACAACUUGUGACAAGUCAGUUUUUUAUGGGAUAGGUGGAAAAAAAAGGGGGGGGGGUACAAUAUUCCCAUAGAUAAAUAUGAGAGGAUUAUGACAAGUGAGAUUGGAAUAUCCGGAUUACGGUAAAAAAAAUUAUGUGGGAAAAAUGUGCUUGACGUGAACUGUUGGGAGUUUUUAAUUUCAUUUUUAAAUAAAAAUCUUUCGCAAAUAAUAAAUUGUGGAUUUCUUUGUACAAUCGUAACCAAACUUUUCAAGAAUGCAAUUUUCAGGAGCUACUUUGGCUCGAAAUGUGAAAUCUUCUGCAAAGAUUCUCCGCUUCAUCAUAUCAAAUGCUCUUCAAACGGCCAGCCUGGAUGUAUAGAAGGCUGGACUGGCAAAGAUUGUAUGACUCGUAAGUUUAUUCUCAUUUUUUCGUCUCUCCCGUCAUAUAUUUUCUUUGACUCUAAACACACCUCGAAAGAGGGGGAAAAGCGCGAAAAUGUGUGUCGCCACAUGUGGCUUUAGAUGCUGACACCUCAUUGUGUCAUUGUGAAAAGGCGGCAACAUCAAACACAUAUUGUGAUAUGUUUCUGAUUUGGGUUUCCUCCUCCUAGUUCAACCAUUUUCCUCGUUAGCCAUAAAUGUUUUGGUUUUGAGGAUCAUUUUUUGAUGGACAAGGUUAAUAGGCUUCUCUGAUCUAAUUAACCCAAAUUGUAUUGCAUUGAUGUAAUUAGAAUGAAUGUGUUGAAGAAAUACGAAAAAAAACACCUGCGCGCGCACAACGGGAUAAGUUUUUGAUUGUUUUUCUUUCCCGAUGUUUUUAUAAAAGUUUAUGGCUAAUUAGAAGGCGGGGAAAAUGUUUGUGGCACGUGGAAAAUCUCAAAAUUUUCAGCAUUAUGCGCGAACAACUGUAGCGGAAAUGGGAAAUGUGUAGCAGCUGGACAAUGCAAAUGCAAUAAUGGAUUUCAAGGAAAUGAUUGUUCGGAAUGUGUUCCAAGUGUUGGAUGUGUUCAUGGUGGAUGUGCCAAUAAUCAAUCAUUUACUUGUCAAUGUUUACCUGGUUAUAUUGGUCCACUUUGUGAUAAGGAAUCAAAUCGUUGUGAACGCGAAACACUUUGCCAAAAUGGUGCGAUUUGUUUGAAUGAGAACAAUUCGCGAGGAUAUCGUUGUGAAUGCCCCGCGGGAUUUGUCGGUGAAUUUUGUCAAGUGCCAAUUGAUAGUGUCAAAUGCAAACAUGUUCGAGGAAGACAACCAAAUAUGUGUUUGAAUGGUGAGUGAAGUGGGAAAAAGGAGGUAUUGUUUUUAUGCUAAUUUUUUGCAUCAUAAACGCGGGAAUUUUACGAUGAGAUUGAUGAGUAAAGAUGUUUGUAAAUGUUUGUAAAAAUAUACAUUCAAAUCAGAAUUUUUUAUAGGUGGCACAUGUUUUUCAUUCGAUCAAAAAUUGAUGGAAUGCAAAUGUAAACCAGGAUUUUCUGGAAAAUUUUGUGAGAUUGGAGCAGCUGCGCCAGAAUGUUCGUGUCAAAAUGGUGGAACUUGUUCUGGACAAAUUUGUCAAUGUCCAACUUGUUAUAUCGGAGAUAAAUGCGAGAUUUUUGAUGCGGUCUGCCUUGUUGAUCACUUCAAAAAUGCUACCAUUCAACAUCAUUCCAACACAAAAACAGAAACUCUCGAAGUUUCAAAUGAAGUUAAUAUCAUGGCAUUUAUUCUUCUCCUCAUUUUGCUGAUUGUUAUUUUGGGAGCGAUUUAUGUUGUUUUGUUGAAGAUUCGCAAUCGAAGAAUGAAACCGGAAAUUGAAAUUGAAGUUAUGGCGACGCCAAAAAAAUCAUAUAAGGUGAGAAUAUUUGGGGCGCCAAAUUGUCUUGGGUUAAUUUGAAUUAAUUGCCUUUGUUGCGAGAAACUUGGAACUAAAAUUGGAUUCUUUGCAGGUUUGCGUAAUUGAUCCAGCUCAAAAUCAAAAUUGUCAUCAUCACGAUAAUUGUGAACCUCCACCAGCAUAUUCGCCACAAAAAUAUAAAUCGCUACCAACUCGAGAAGAUUCAUUUAUUUUACACCCCUCUCCUCCCAUUAUAGUCUGA